CACAAUGCUUUGCGCUUUCUUUCUCUUCCGGUUGUCGUGCGCUUCGUGUGGCAGAGAGUGAUCAGAAAUGGCCAAGUCAAAGAACCACACCACACACAACCAGUCCCGUAAAUGGCACAGAAAUGGCAUCAAGAAGCCCAGAUCUCAGCGUUAUGAGUCUCUGAAGGGGGUGGACCCUAAGUUUCUGAGGAACAUGCGUUUUGCUAAGAAACACAACAAGAAGGGGAUGAAGGGUGUCGCACAGAAAGAGGCCCCCAAAUAGAUGAAAGACCUCUGAAGAGUUAACGGUGUACAGAUGUUCUGAUAAAGGACUUUAUACCAUCAAAAUAAAGCCAUGCUUUGUUAAUGAAA